GGGCUAUAUUAUUUAUAUCAGUACUACACUUCUAGGUCAUUGUCUACUUCAGGUUUAUUGUGUUGGUAAACAUGAAGGUUUCUGGCUUCUUUGCUUUGCUCUUGGUGGUUGGAGCAACUUUGAUGUUCUUUAACUUCUUAAUUCCUGCUACUGCAUCUGGGUCACCUGAUUUCAUAGGGACUAACCAUGGUGACAAAGCAACACAGAUUGCAGUAAGCAGGAAACUGAAGGAAAAUGGUGAUAUGAGUAAAGUGAUUCUGACUGAUUACAAUGGCGUUGAUCCACCACCAGGUUCUAGAACAAAGGCCUCUUUAUAUCCUGAUCCUAUUGAGCAUGGAAGCCCUCUGAUUCCAUACAUCCCAAAACCUUCACCUCCUGAAGAUUCUGACUAACUUUCUGGCCUUUUAAACCAUGCUAUAGUUGAUACUGUGCUCAGAAGAGGAAAGCUAUCCACACUCUUUAACAUAUUUCCCAUUAUGGGAAAAUAAGAAAUUGUUCAAAGUAUGUGUUGGUAGAUUGCUCAUGCUGAAAAUAAACACAGGACUGUUCUCACGUUUAGUCAGUUUUCUUUGUGUUGUUGUGUGCCAGACAGUAAUCCUUGUUUUCACGUGUGUUAUUGUUUGUGAAAAAACAGUUGUGCCUUUGCGCAUUCUAUGUAGCUGUCAAUCUACGUACUUAUAAAUAAGGAUCGUGUCAAUUUCUAUUUUUGUUGGGUUGUGUUUGUGCAACUUUAGUAUGUUUAUUUUUUCUUUAGACCGAUA